AUGUAUUCUGAAGCGAAUGCGACCAUGAAAGAAUCAAAUUCUGAAGUUCGAUUAAAAGCUAAAUGUUAUCACUGCGAUACUACUUGGGCACGUGGAAAGCCGUUAGUUAUGAAAGCACAUUUAGCUAAUAUUUGUAAAUCAUGUCCUGAUGAUAUAAGUAUAUAUUGGAGAGAUAAGCUGUUGGAACAAGCCAUUAAUUAUACGCGUACUUCAAAACAAUCUAAUUUACCCCACAAUAAACCCACAAUCACUCAACAUUUUGGGUUAAAUCCGGGAUAUGCACCUCCUUCUCGUAAAACUGCUUCGGAACGGUUUUUAGAUGAGGAAGUUGCACGAAUAAAUAAAUGUAUAGAUCAAGAUUUGGAAAAUGCAGAAAUCUCACCUUAG